AUCCUGAGAAAGACCAGUAGACCGCCGCCGCUCCACUCUCCGCUGCGGGACCAGCACGAGAGCCUCGCCGGCGUUUUAGCUCGGCCAACGGCCGUCGCCGCGUGAUAAUAGGCCAGGAGACGGGAGAUGCUGUCGUCCGCCGCCUUGUCUUCCUCGUCCUCAGCGCUGCUGCGCGGAGCCCCGCCGCGGACCCGGCAGCUGCUCCUGGCCGCCCCAGCUCGCGCGCACAGCGGCGCGGCGAGCCGCGCUCGCGGUGGGCUACCGAGGUUCCACGCCCCGUCUCUCCCUUCGUCGAAGGGUGAGGUGAUUCGCAUCCAAGGAGACGAAUUCUGGCACAUGACACGGGUUUUGCGCCUUGGCAUUAACGACAGGGUUGAACUAUUCGAUGGGGCGGGUGGUUUAGCUGAAGGGUUCAUACAUAAAGUUGACAAAGGUGGCUCAGAUGUUGAGUUAUUAGAGGAUGCUAGGAUCGUAGCUCCUCAAGGCAUCCAAUGGCAUGUCUUUGCUGCAUUUGGGACACUGAAAGGCGGACGUGCUGAUUGGCUUAUAGAGAAAUGUACUGAACUUGGAGCUUCUAGUGUUACCCCUCUCCUGACAGAAAGAUGUCACACGAUAGCGGAAAAUCGGGUGGACAGGCUGCAACGUCUUGUGCUGGCUGCAGUUAAACAAUGCCAGAGGAUACAUGAAAUGUCGCUGAAGCCCCCAAUUCAGAUUAGUCACCUUCUACCUGUUGUAUCACAGUCAAAGCUUGCUUUCUUAGCAUCAGCAGAAGCGCCUCCUCUUUUAAGUGUUCUGCCAAAAUCCAGCACUGAACAAAGUGGGCUUCUGAUUGUUGGACCUGAAGGAGACUUCACAGAAGAGGAGGUACAUUCACUGAAAGCAGCAGGUGCGGCUCCUGUCGGUCUUGGUCCAUGCAGGCUACGAGUUGAGACAGCCACAAUAUCCCUCCUAUCUGCUCUCAUGUUAUGGUCAGAUGCUAAAGACCAGUAAAGAGUCAAGACAGCAAUGCAGGUAAUCAAACGGCAGUCGUCAGUCAUCUUUGUGGUAUAAUAGUGUCCUCUUUCAGGUGACUACGACAAAACACCUUUCAGGAUCUAGUUGGACUCAGCGUGUUCAUGGGUAAUUAUUCCAUUGGAUCUUGGUACACAUUUCGUGAACAUCUAGGUCUUGGGCUUGACCAGCAUGGAGGAUGAACAACUCAAUACAUGUUUGAGUUACGUUAUAUUCAUGUGUUGGUUAAAUAACAUUUUUGUAUCGACAACCUACAACUCCUCUCACCUUCACUUUUGAUGUAAAACAUUAAAAACACUUCAGUCAUAUUGUCGUUUUCAGUGGUCUAAGCAUUAUUAUAGUCUGCCAUUAA